UGUCGAAGACGAACGACGGUUCGACGGGGUGCCGAUACUGGCGCACAGUGAUGCCGAGGCCGAGUGUAUUAUUUCUUUUUCUUCUUCUCGGUGUCUUUGUGAUUUUAUCUAACGGAAAUUACGGAGUACACGGAGCUAAAAAUGUGCGCCAGGACGAACCUAGUGUCACGCGCAGUGGAAAGACUUCUUCUUCUCCAUCAUCAUCAUCAUCAUCAUCAUCAUCAUCAUCAUCAACUGGACACCAUCAAAAAGAAUCUGAACCGGUGAUUGAAGAGGUUACUGCAAAGCAGCUCGAACGUCUCCUUCAAGAAAAGGACUUUGUUGCUGUUUAUUGGUAUGCGAGAAGUUGCAUUACGUGUGAUAAAGUUUUAGCAGAACUCGAAAAAAUAGACGAUGAUACCGACACGUUUGGAGUUGAUUUUGUUAAAAUUAAUGACAAACGAUUAGCUAAACAAUAUGGGAUUAAAAACUUCCCGGCACUCACGUACUUCCGGGAAAAAGAACCGAUCAUUUAUGAGGGUGACCUAAUGGAUGAAGAAGGUGUCUUAGAUUUCCUCACAAGUCUAGAAGCCAUGGAUUUGCCUGAUCGAAUUGAGGAAGUAAAUGCCAAAAUUCUCAAUAAAAUUGUUGAAGAUACUGAAUUUGUAGCUGUACUAUUUUGUCCAAAUACGGAGCGGUGUGCUGGUGCUAGUUCUAACAAGCCAGACUGCAAGAAAUGCGCAAAAGCUCUGAUAGAAUUAGAAAACAUCGAUGAUGAGGCUGAUCAACUGGGUAUUGGUUUUGUAAAAAUUGCUGAUGAAGAACUUGCUGAAGAGUAUAAUUUAGGGCCAUUACCUAAAUUAGUUUACUAUCGUCAUCAAAUACCUAUUAUUUAUGAACAUGAACUCAGCAAAGAAGAAGAUGUCUUAGAAUGGUUAGUAUCAAAUAAAAGUACUGGGGAUGAAGAAGAUGUAAUUGAAGACGUAACUGCUAAAACUCUAAAUACUUUAAUUGGAAAUAUGGAUAAUCUUGUUGUUCUUUUUUACGAUCAUGGGGAUGAUGACUCAAUGCAAGUACUUGCAGAACUUGAAAAAAUAGACGAUGAUUUGGAUAAACAUGGGAUUCAAUUUGUUAAAAUAGAUGAUUCAAAAGCAGCCAAAGAUUUUGGAAUUGAUUCCGUACCAGCAAUUGUUUAUUUUGAAAAACAAAUACCAAAUGUUUACGAUGGCGACGUUGAGAAUGAAGAUGAAAUACUUGAAUGGUUAUUAUCUCAACUAGAAAAAGAUGAAAUCGAAGAUGUUACUGAUGAGAUGCUUGAUCGUUUGGUAAAAGAAGGCAAGACUAUCGCUGUACUGUUUUACGACAAUAACGACCGUAAAUCUCAACGGGUUUUAAAUGAAUUAGAAAAUAUUGACGACGAGUGUGAUCAACUGGGUGUUGUUUUUGUUAAAAUUGAUAAUGCCGAUGAGGCCAGAGAGUAUGGAAUUGAAAAAAUGCCAGCUUUGAUUUACUUUGAAAAGGGAAUCCCAACUAUUUAUGAAGGUAAUCUUGAAGAUGAGCAGAAAGUUCUCAAGUGGCUGGAUGAACAACAAGCAUCUGAUCAAAUUGAAGAUAUUACCGAUGAAAUGCUCGAUAUGGUCAUUGAAAAAAUGCCUCAUGUUGCUGUUUUAUUUUAUGACAAAGAUCAGAAGAAAAGUCAAAAAGUGUUAGCUGAGUUAGAAAAUAUUGAUGAUGAUUGUGAUCAACAUGACAUAGCAUUUGUAAAAAUAGAUGACGAUGAAGAAGCUAAAGAAUACGGUCUUGAUAAUCUUCCUACUUUGGUUCUAUUUGAAAAAGGAAUUCCGCAUAUUUAUGAUGGUGAUCUGAUGAAUGAGGAUCAACUUCUUGGAUGGCUACUGCAUCAAAAAAAACACCGUGAGAUUCCUGAAGUAACAGACGAAAUGAUGGAGAAGCUAAUUGAACAUCAACCCUUCCUUGCUGUAUUAUUUUAUGAAAAAGACGACAAGCAGAACAUAAGGAUUUUAAAUGAGUUGGAGAAUAUCGAUGAUGAUCUCGAGAAAGAAGAAAUUGUUAUGAUUCGUAUCGACAAUGCAGCCGAAGCUAAAGACUAUGGUAUCGAUCAUCUUCCCACUUUGGUAUACUUCGAGGACAAAAUCCCAGCUAUCUACGAAGGUGAUUUACUCAAUGAAGAUGAAGUACUUCAAUGGUUAAUCGAACAAAAAAAAACAGCUACUAUUGAAGAAGUCACUGAUGAAAUUCUGUCUGGUCUUAUUGAUGAACAUGAAUACGUCGUUGUUUAUUUCACUGGCCGUUGUGACGAAGGCGAUGAGUGUGAAACAGUUUUAAAAGAAUUGGAGAACAUUGAUGACGAGCUUGAUGAAACAGGAAUUAUUUUCGUAACAACUGAAGAUACUGGAAUAGCUAAAAAACACAAUAUUAAAAAAUUACCAGCAUUGGCUUUCUUUAGAAAUAAAGAACCAUUACUUUAUGGUGGAGAUCUUGAAGAUGAAGAUGAAGUUCUUUCUUGGCUUACUGAUGAAAACACACUUGAAAUACCCGGCAAAAUUGAAGAAGUUAAUAUUAAAAUGUUAGAAAAUAUUCUUGAUGAAAAUGACUACGUUGUUGUCUUCUUUUAUAAAGAAGGUGACAAAAAAAGUCAAAAGAUUCUUCAAGAGCUUGAAAAUAUCGAUGACGAGUGUGAGGAAGAAGAUAUUGAUUUUGUUAAAAUUUCUGAUGAUAACAUUGAAAAAGAAUAUGAUCUUCCUGGACUACCAGCGCUUGCUUUCUACCGUCAUAAAUUCCGUCAAAUUUAUACUGGAGAUAUGAUGCAUGAAGAGUCUAUUCUUGAAUGGAUUUUACAGCUUCGUCAUUCUACACCAGAUGUUAUUGAAAGUGUUGAUCGUAAAACACUCCAAGUUUUAAUCAAUGAUGUUGAACAUCUAGCUGUUUUAUUUUAUGAUGAUGAUGAAAAAAAAUGUAGCACUUGCCGUCAAAUAUUAGAAGAACUUGAGACAAUAGACGAUGAUACUGAUAAACAUGGAAUACAGUUUGUAAAAUCAAAAGACGCUAAAUUGGCUGCAGAAAUUGGAAUCUUUUCAUUUCCUGCUCUCGUUUAUUACGAAACUGGAGUACCCAUCAUGUAUGACGGUAAUAUUUUGGAUGAAUCGGAAGUAUUAGAAUGGAUGGUAAGGCAAAGAAAUGAUGCAAGUAUUGAAAAAAUAGAUCGUGAACAAUUGACAAAAUAUAUCGAAACCAAAGAAUUUUUAGCGGUAAUAUUUUAUAAAGAAGAAGAUCCAGAAAGUCCACGUGUAUUACGACAUAUUGAAUUAAUUGAUGAUGAAGCUUCUGAAUAUGGAAUAAAAAUAGUCCAAAUGAGUGACCGUUUGAUGGCUAAAAAAUAUGGGUUUAGAAAUCCCCCGGGUAUCACUUACUUCCGUAAGGGGAAGUACAUUAAUUAUGACGGGGACAUUGAUGAUGAAGAAGAAAUACUUGAUUGGUUGACAAAUCCUGAAAACAUGGAAUUAACGGAUCAUAUCGAACGAAUAAACAAAAAAAUGUUCCAAAAAAUUCGCCAAACGUCGGAUUAUGUUGCAGUAUUUUUUUACAGUAAAGAGUGCAAACAAUGCAGUAAAGUGUUGACUGAAAUAGAACAUAUUGAUGAUGAAGCUGAUCAUGCUGGUAUUAAUUUUGUUAAAAUUGAUGAUAAACAAUUAGCUAAGGAAUAUGGAGUUUUUGCAUUACCUGCGAUACUAUUCUUUAGAAUGGGAUCUAAAGAACCGGUUAUUUAUGCAGGUGAUUUAUAUGAUGAAAACGCAAUUCUCUCAUGGUUAAUGACACAAAAAGACCCAUCUGGAGAAAUGAUAGAGGCAUUGGAAGGUGAAGAUCUUCUUCACCUUAUUCGCGAAUCUACAUCAUUAGCCGUAUACUUUUGGAACAGAACGCUUUGUGACAUGUGCAAUUCAAAAGCGUUCCGCAAGCAGAUGCGGCACAAACAUCACCAGGAGGUCAAGAAUACUGAACAAGUUGAAGUCCCGGAAGAAGCUGAUGACAGUGACGAUUGCGAGCAGUGCGCUGGAAUUCUUGAAGAAUUAGAAAAUAUUGAUGAUGAUUGUGAUCGACAUGGUAUUACUUUCGUUAAAACACAAGAUUUCAAAAUUGCUGAAGACUAUGGUGUAACAGAUUUUCCAGUACUUGUUUACUUUGAAUCUCAAAUUCCUAGUGUAUUUGAAGGAGAUCUAGCUGAAGAAGAAGAAGUUCUUCAAUGGCUUAUUACCCAAAGGACUGAAGAUAGAAUUGAAUUAAUAACUCGAGUGAUGUUAGAAGCUUCUGUUGAAGAUACUCAAUAUCUUGCAGUAUAUUUUUACAAACUAAAUUGUCAUAUUUGUGAUGAAAUUUUGGAAGGACUCGAACGAAUAGACGAUGAAUGCGAUGUUUUUGGAAUUCAAAUGGUUAAAAUUCAUGAUCCUCAAUUAGCUAAAAGAUACUCAAUUAGAACAUUUCCAGCAUUGGUCUAUUUUAGGAAUGGCAAUCCUCUACUAUAUGAAGGUGAUUUACAAAAUGAAGAAUCUGUAUUGGAAUGGUUGAUUGACGACGAUAAUCGUGAAUUAGCUGAUGAAAUCGAAUCUGUUAAUGAAAGAAUGUUAGAACGUCUUUUUGACGAAUCACCAUUUUUAGCAGUUUUCUUUUACGAUGAAGAUUGUCCAGAGUGUGAUGAAAUACUGGAAGCUCUGGAAAAAAUAGACGGUGAAGCUGAUCUAUUUGGAAUUGACUUUGUUAAAAUAUCCAGUGCAGAGACAGCUGAAAAAUAUGGUAUUAUUAAUUUACCAUCAUUAACAUACUUCCGUAAAAAAACAGCUCUUAUAUAUGAUGGUGAUCUUACACAAGAAGAUAAAAUACUUGCUUGGCUAACUUCACAAGAUGUAUUUGAAAUUAAAAAUGAAAUUGAAGAAGUUAAUAAGAAAAUGCUUGAUAAAUUGCUAGAUGAAAAUGAAUUUUUGGCCGUAUUCUUCUAUGAACACGACAAUAAAGAAAGUGCAGAAGUAGAUAAAAAAUUAGAAACAAUUGAUGGUGAAACGGAUAAUUUAGAUAUAACGUUUGUAAAAAUGGCAGAUCCACGUUACGCUAGAAAAUGGGGUGUAACUAAAUUACCAGCCAUUGUAUAUUUCCGAAAAAGAUUUCCAAGUAUUUAUCGAGGUGAUCUUCAUAAAGAAGAUGAAGUACUUGAAUGGUUGAGAAAAAAUAGGUUUCGACAACCAGAAUUAAAUAUUUAUAUGUACAUGCUGUUAGCGAUAACAGUAAUAUUUUUAAUGUACACAGGUUUUCUUUUAUCUUGUUUUCGAUCAGAUACAGCUCCUACACCAGCACCACAUCCAAAACAAGCGUGAAAUUGAAUUUAUUUAAUUAUCAAAAAUAAUAUUUGCCAGCAGUAUUUGGUAACACGUGCAACAAAUACACGAAUGAUAUUCCAAAAUCCAGGAUUUUUAAUUCAUAUUAUUAUUAUGACCAUUAUUUUUAUGCUAUAAAGUAAUUCAAUAUUACGACCAUUUUUUUUUUUUUAAAUAACAGCAUUAUCGUACAAGUGACUUUGAUGUGUACAUCAGAUAUAGUGACCGCAAUCAAAUAGGUCAUGACAGAUAUUAAUUACAAAACUUUAAGCGAUAAAUAUUAUUUAAUCUAUAUAUACUGUCCACUCUGUUAAUAUAAAUAAAUAUAAUAUAAUAUAAUAUAAUUACUACAGUCGGACCUCAUUAUAAGAUUAUUAACGUUAUUCCGUUUAAAUUUAAAAACACUAUUGCAACAUUAUUUUCAAAUGUUUUACUCACUCGUGACAUAAUUAUUUUAUUAAUAAUAAAAUCAUAUCGAUUCCCGAGUCGAAACCUAAGGCAUACUUUGAACCUAAAUGAGCAUUGAAAACCUACAUUAGAAUUUUUAGGACGUAAUCAUUGUAAAAGCUUGAAAUGGAUCAGUUUAGACUUAUUGUCAUCCCACCAAGAGAAUGCACCUCGGGUGUCGUCGGUUUUUACUCCCACCCUAGAUGUUUUAUAUGCUAAAUGUUCUCCUACUUUUCUGUGCGCAUGCGCAGUUCAUAAAUGUUUGGUAGUGGGGGCAAUUUCCGAGGUCUAUUCUCUUACUGGGAUUACAAUACAAAGGCUUGAGUUGAACUUACAUAGACAUAGAUCGUGAAACGAACGUAACUAUUUUAAUGGUACAGUAGGUAUUAGGAAUCGGUACGGUAGAACUUGAGAUAUCAUGUCAACCACCUCCAAAAAAGCAGUUUUGGAUAAAACGCGUUUGAAGUUUGAGAAACAAUUUCAGUAAAAUAACUCAGAUAAUAUUUCAUACUCACUUUGGAUUAAUCGACGAUCCCAGAUCCAUAUAUUGGGCCUUCUUCUUGAAAAGAACAAGUCUUCAAGUCGUCCGGCAACAUCUGCCGUUCAUUGUAUGACCGACUCCACUCGGCCGGUUUAGAUGCCGUAUCACAAAAUCCCAUGUAUCUCCGAAAAUAAUUCGAAUUUUGAAAAAUCCGUUUAAGGGCAUGUUUUUGCGGGUCUAAACUUUGAAAAUUUACAAAAAAAAAAAGAAAAUCGAAUUUUUAAAAUUUCUAGACCAGAAUACCCCCUUAACAGAAGGAAAAACUUGCAAAGAAUACUACAAAAAGAUAAAAUUGUUAAACUCGUGGACUAUUAGAGAAUUGAUGUAAGUGAUCCAGUCAUCUCUCCAUAUGAAGAAAAAUGACAAGUAGUUACGACCAUGCAGCAUAGUAAAGGUUACAUUACUCUAUAGUUUGCGUCACGCCGCUCUUAUAUGACUGCUUACAUAAACUAUAGAGUAAUGUAACCAUUACUAUGCUGCAUAGGCAUAUUUAGUUGACAUUUCUCUCCGUGUAGUGCGCUAAUGACACCAAAAGGUGGAGUGGGUCCCACAGGCUGAUUGGGACUAACAGAGGGUCGAUUUAAAAAAUUCUGAAUUCGUUCGUUUCAUGAUAUGUCUUUUUAAUUCUAAUUCAUGCCUUUGUAAGCCUACGGAGGUUCAAUUCAAACCUUUGUAAGCCUAAGUUGGUUCAUUUCAAGUUUUUACAAUAAUUAUGUUUUAAAAAGUCUAAUGUAGACUUUCAAUGCUUAUUAAGGUUUAAAGUAUGCCUUAGAUUUCGACUCAAGAAAUAUCAGAUAACUUAAAUGUAUAUUAAUGUAUUAUAUUAUUUAAAAUAGUUUUAUAUAAAGGUCCAACUGUGUAUUGAUAGCGUAUUAAAUUGUUGCUAUUGUUGUUAUUGCUGAUAUUGUCGUUAUCUUAUAAUUGUUAUUAUAACAUAUGUACUUAUUAUCACACACACACUCACACCCACACAAACAUAGAAACACACUUAUUAUGAUGUUAAUUAAAAUAUUUAUAUCAAUAUAUAUAAAUUUUCACCCAUUGAAUUGUAUAAAAUAUAUAUUAAAGAGAAUUUUUAAUCUUCUUGGUAAGAUCUCUAUAAUUAGGCUUAA